CGGAGUUAUUUUUCAUCCGCUCCAAUUUGAGUUACCCCGUUAGCCAACAACUAGCCGCUUCUGAGGCAUCAGUCUGCAGAGCUCUGCCGCCGUGUCUCUGUAAGUGUUUGAUGAGGUUUGGGAGCGAAGUGAAAUGUGGUCCUUUUUCGCCAGGGAUCCCGUCAAAGACUUCGCUUAUGAAAUUCUCCCAGACAGCCCAGAGAAGUCGGGAAUAUGGACCCUGCACCGGGGGAAGAGAAAGACCUCCGGGGAUCCGGUGUCUGUGUUUGUCUAUGAGGUGGCCCAGGGGACAGAGCAGCAGAGCCAGUUAGCCAAAGCUGCCUUCAAGCGGAUGAAGACCCUGCGUCAUCCUAACAUCCUAGCAUAUGUAGAUGGACUGGAGACAGAUAAGAGCCUUUAUGUGGUCACCGAGCAGGUGACCCCUCUAGCAGUUCACCUGAAGACCCAGGCUGAGAAGGGCGGCGUCGGGGAACUGGAGAUCUCCUGGGGUCUGCACCAAAUAGUAAAAGCUCUGAGUUUUCUGGUCAAUGACUGCCACCUGCUUCAUAACAACCUGGGCAUUUGGGCUGUUUUUGUGGAUCGGGCAGGAGAGUGGAAGCUGGGUGCCCUGGAUCAUGUGGCUCCUGAGCAGGGUGACCCCAGUGGGGUCUCUCUCCCCGGCCCGAAGGCGGUGUACCCUGAUAUGGAGAAAUACGACCCACCAGAGACGCCCAACAGUAGUGGGGAGAAAUGGACAGCAGAGGUGUGGCGGUUGGGAUGUCUGAUAUGGGAGGUUUUUAAUGGACCGCUGCCUCGGACAUCAUCCCUCAGAUCUCUGGGAAAGAUUCCAAAGACCCUGGUCCCCCACUACUGUGAGCUAGUCGGGGCUAAUCCCCGGGCACGACCCAACCCAGGCCGCUUCCUCCAGAACUGCAGGGCUCCUGGAGGAUUCCUCAGCAACAGCUUUGUGGAAAGCAACCUUUUCCUGGAGGAGAUCCAGAUUAAGGACCCCGCUGAGAAACAGCAGUUCUUUCAGGAUCUUAACGAUCAUCUAGACUCUUUUCCCGAAGACUUCUGUAAACAUAAAGUCCUGCCUCAGCUGCUCACAGCCUUUGAGUUUGGAAACGCAGGCGCUGUCAUCCUAACGCCCCUAUUUAAGGUGGGGAAGUUCCUGUCAGCAGAAGAAUACCAACAGAAAAUCAUUCCAGUCAUCGUGAAGAUGUUUUCCUCCACAGACCGAGCGAUGAGAAUACGACUCCUACAGCAGAUGGAGCAGUUUAUCCAGUAUCUUAACGAGGCAGCUGUUAAUUCCCAGAUUUUCCCUCAUGUUGUUCAUGGCUUCACUGACACCAACCCCGCCAUCAGAGAGCAGACCGUUAAGUCGAUGUUGCUGCUGGCUCCCAAACUGAACGAGACCAACUUGAACCAGGAGCUCAUGCGUCACUUCGCCCGGCUGCAGGCCAGAGAUGAGCAGGGCCCGAUCCGAUGCAACACCACCGUGUGUUUGGGCAAAAUCGCCUCCUACCUCAACGCUGGGACCCGACAGAGAAUUCUGAUCUCUGCCUUCUCUCGAGCAACUAAAGACCCGUUUCCUGCUUCGCGUUCUGCUGGUGUUCUGGGCUUUGCAGCAACACACAACUACUACAGUGUUACAGAGAUCGCAGCCCGGAUCCUGCCCACCCUCUGUGCCGUCACCGUGGAUCCUGAUAAGGGCGUCAGGGAGCAGGCCUUUAAAGCCAUCAAGAGUUUCCUUUCCAAGCUGGAGACAGUCUCUGAAGAUCCAAGUAAGCUGGCUGAGAUCGAGAAAGAUGUGGGGUCCAGCGCUCAGCCAGCAGGCGCUGCCUCUAGUUGGGCCGGCUGGGCCGUGACCGGCGUGUCCUCGCUAACCUCCAAACUCAUCCGCAAUAACCCUGGUGCCGAGGGGGGGCCAGCAUCGGAGGGUGGUGGUCUGACGAACGCCAGCACGCCCUCCACUGAUGGAGCAUCAGCCUUAAGUAAAGGUGCUGAGGAUAAAACCCAACAAUCCCCCUCAGCUCAGCUCAGUGCUUCUGACCCUGCCAACCAGUCUCAGACCCAUGAAGCCACAGACAAUGAUGAGGAGCAGAUUGGAGAGCGUUGGGACGAAGAGGAGGACUGGGGCAGCCUGGAGGAGCCAGGGAAAGCUCAGGCUGAUGACUGGAACACAGACUGGUCUGGAACUGCAUCGUCCAAAAAGAAGGCCAGCGAUAGAGGAGCUGGAAGAUCCUCUGCUUCUAUGGCGGUUAAAAAGCAGAGCUCUGACUGGAGCAGUUCAGGCUGGGAUGCUGACGACAGCUGGUCCAACGAGAAGGAAGGCCAAGGGCAGAGCUCGGCGGGCGAGGAAGGCUGGGGCAACGACUGGGGGGAGGAGGAGACGGAUGUGAGGCCUGCCAGUAAAAACCUGCCUCUGCCUGAAGGUGUCCGAUUAGCCAGCGAGUACAACUGGGAAGGGGGCACCGGGAAGGGCGCCAAUCAGAACGACUUGUUCGCCAGCGUGUCGCAGAGAAGCACGUCUGCCACCACGGCUGGAGAAGGUUGGAGCUCAGAGACGAUAGGAGACUGGGGGACCGAGAGCUGGGAGUCUGUGGAAGGAGGCCAAAAUCUCAGCAAGUCAGAGCUAUCGAAGAAGAAACGAGAGGAGAGGAGAAAAGAGCUGGAGGCCAAGCGGGCCGAACGUAAAGCUGCUAAAGGGCCUCUUAAACUUGGAGCACGAAAGCUGGACUGAAUCGGGUCCAACAGGGAGGCUGCGACAUGAACCAGAGACCAGAGUGGAAGGAGUUUCCAGUAGAAAACAAGACAGGAAACUGAACAGCUCUUUGAACAAGGAAGGAUACUGAGAAGAAGGUGGUUGUUGGAAUCCAGCUUUUGGACUUUCUGCCUUUUCUCUUUUAAGGACUGAUAGAAAUUAAGGUAAAGACAGAAAAGUGACAGAAAAUCCAAAGAGACUUAAGCGGGCUGCAAUAGACUUUAUUUAACAAAAUGUUCGUCCAUCAUAAAGUUACCGUUGUACAGUAAAUGUAUAUACCAUGUGCAUCAUGUCUUACCUUUUUUUUUUUUUAAGAUGAAUAUAUGUAAGAGAACGUUCUGUAUUGGUGAGAUGGAUGUUUUUCAGUACGUUCUGUAUUCACACACACACACUGACUGUUUUUAGUCGAUCUGAUCCAGAUUUUAGACUCUAAAGCAGUCCAUGCAUGCACCUCUGUGGCCUAUUAACAAUCUCCAUGACAACAAAUUACAUACACGUCUUCAUGUUGCACAUAUAGCACUGUAUUAACUCUGUGAGGGGGUGUUGGUUCUGUCAUGUUUGAAGGGAAAAUGAAACAUCUUAAGCGAAGAGAAUAAUAGAAAUAUGUUGAUGACAGAAACGAUGGUCCGUUUACAGCAAUGUAUUCUGGGAUUUUUUCGGGGGUCGGUUGUAUUAGCAUAGCAGAUUAACUGCUGAUGCAAAAGAAAAAUUCCAGUGCAACUUUCAGUGCUCAUACUGGUAUGAGUGGAUUCUAUGUUUUUACUUUCUGGUUUGUGCCUUUCUAGUUAGCUACAGAUCUAUCCUUACAGUGAACCCCUCAAAACCUGCAUCUUCGCCGUUUAAACGACAGAACUUAAACUUCUGAAAGCAUCGCACUGUUUGAACCUGAAGGUUUCUUUGUCGCCUUUUAUUUUCUGUGUCUAUAUGAUGUGACAUGAUGUCGGCAGGAAAACGGUGACGGCUGCUGCAGGGGCUGAGGCUCUGGAUGUGGACGUUCAGGUGAUGAGAUGCUAGAAGCUGUGUGCUCAUGGUCUGAAGAGGGUCACCGGUCCAAUCAUGGUGCAUGUGUACUGUUCCUUAAUAAAACUAUUAAAUUAUA